UGCGAAGAAUCUUUCCUCUUCUUCUCCCCUCACGAGCGAACCCUAAUUUCUCUUUCCUCUGACCAAAUUCCCGAUCUUCUUCUUUGAAAUUUCCGAUCAUUGCCGGCCUCCUGCACCCAUAUAUAAGUUGGGGGAGAGAGGUGGGGAGAGAGGAGUCAUUUGGUCGUCGAAUCUGAAGAUAGGGCUUGACAGAGGGUCGUCAAAUUUCGGGGGCGUCGAUUCUCAUGCCAUCUUCGAUCAUCGGGGCUUGAAUUCGUGAUUUUUUCGAGACAUGGGUUCCGCGGUGUCGGAUGAGUUGCUGGGGACUUUCGCCCCGAUCAUAGUAUACUGGUUAUAUUCCGGAAUUUACAUAUUGUUGGGAUGUUUUGACAAUUACCGGCUGCACUCCAGGAAGGAGGAAGACGAUAAGAAUUUGGUAUCCAAAGGAACUGUGGUCAAAGGCGUUCUUCUUCAACAGAUUGUUCAGGCUAUCGUAGCAAUUAUUUUGUUCACGGUCACAGGAGACAGUUCUGGGGCUUCUGCAGGUUCAGGCACUUCCCUUAUCGUCCUUGCAAGGCAGUUCAUUACCGCGAUGCUGGUCCUGGACACGUGGCAGUACUUCAUGCAUCGGUACAUGCACCAUAACAAGUUCCUCUACAAGCACAUCCACUCGCAGCACCAUCGCCUUGUGGUCCCCUAUGCCUUUGGGGCCCUCUACAACCAUCCGAUUGAGGGCCUCCUCCUUGACACGGUCGGGGGGGCCCUCUCCUUCCUUCUCUCGGGCAUGUCCCCUCGAACCUCCAUAUUCUUCUUCUCAUUCGCCACCAUCAAGACAGUCGACGACCACUGUGGCUUAUGGCUUCCAGGGAACCUAUUCCACGUCUUCUUCAAGAACAACACUGCCUAUCAUGAUGUUCACCACCAGCUAUAUGGGAACAAGCACAACUUUUCCCAGCCGUUCUUUGUGAUGUGGGAUCGGAUUCUCGGGACUUACAUGCCCUACACACUAGAGGAGAGAAAAGGAGGUGGGUUCGAGGCCCGGCCGACGAAGGAAUUCAAGGACAUGUGAGCUACGACACUUGAGCGGUUUCUUUCUUUUUCACCCCCUCACACUGCCGAUGGUGCUGCCUGCUUUUUCUAUGUAGCUUAGUGUAUAUAUACUGUUGUGCAUUUACUUCUUUUCGGGUUAUUUUAAUGUUUAGUAUCAUAAUACGAAUUUUUGUGGAUGAUUAUUAUAUCGAAGCCUUUGUGUGAUCAUCUUGAAGGUAGAAUACACUUGUUGAUGACAAUGGUUUCUGUGAAUUAUCCCUGAAA